ACAACGCGAGUGAAAAAAAAAAAAAGAAAUAAAAAAAAUUAACACGCCAAUUUGACUGCUUUGAUUUUUGCAACAUUUGUUAUUAAUAAACAAUAUUAAUAAUAUUAAAAAAAAAUACAUUAAUCAACAACAAACAUUUACAAAAAUGCCAGAAAUUGUGGAGGUUAAUGGUGAACAUCAUGAUGAGACAAAAAAAGAGGAACCACAAGAAAAUGAUGAAGUUGAUCCUCAUUUUGAGCCAAUAGUGUCACUUCCAUUGAUUGACAUUCCAAGCAAUGAAGAGGAUGAAAUUGAAAUGGUUAAAUUGAGAGCAAAGCUUUAUCGUUAUGAUUCAUCAAGUGAUCCAGCUGAAUGGAAAGAACGUGGUACUGGUGAUGUUAAAUUAUUACGACACAAAACAAAACAUACAGUACGUGUUGUUAUGAGACGUGAUAAAACAUUAAAAAUAUGUGCAAAUCAUUUUGUAACACCAUGGAUGGAACUUAAGCCAAAUUGUGGAAGUGAUCGUGCAUGGGUUUGGAGUGUACUUGCUGAUUUUGCUGAUGAACAAUUAAAACCAGAACUUCUUGCAAUUAGAUUUGCAAACUCUGAAAAUGCAUCAUUGUGGAAAGAAACAUUUGAAAAAGCCAAAAAAAUUGUUGGUACUGAGUGUUCAAUAUACUCUGGUAAAUCAAAUCCAGAUGAUGAAAGUGAUUCAGAGUCUUAUGAGUCAUGGAGUGAAGCAAGUGAUGAUGAAAAAUCUGUCAAUGAAAAAGAAACAUCUGAUAAAUUAAUUGAUGAAAAUUCCAAAAAUAAAAAUGAUGGUGAAACUGAUAAAGUCACUGAAGUUUUGGAAAAAUUAAAUGUCAAAGAAGACAGUGAAGAAAAAAAUUAAUCACAUAAUUUUAACUGAAAAAAUAAUAUCAUACUUUUUUUUUUUUUUUUCUUUUUUCUACAAUAAUUCAAUUAAUUUUAUACUCAAUCUCAAAAUAAUUCCACAUUUUAGUGUUUUAUUUUUUUUAUUUUUUAUUUAUUUUUUAAAUUCAAUUUUGUAUUAUUUUAUCGCAGAUUAAAAUUAAUUUUUGAUGCAUAAAAGUGAUAUUUGAAAACAAUGAAAUGAAU